UUUGUUUCAGUUUUUAAAAAUUGUUUUUAUGCCUUUUUAAGAAACUGGUAGAAACUUUGAAGGUAAAAAUGUUGCAUUGUAUAAAGUUUGUGCACACUGCCUGUUGUUGAGACCUUUCCUCAGAUGCAUUUAAUUAAUUUAUUAGGGUUUAAUUACCACACAGUUCAGAUUACAGUAUUUAAUUCUAUUUGUAUUCUAUAAUUAUUUUACUGUGCCAAACGGUGGUAGAAUUGCAUUUAUUGUUCGUGUCGUACACCCUCCAUCCACAGGGAGGCGCUCACACCCGCCCGCUCCAACGAGAGGAUCCACAACAACUCGUCCGCUCACAGAGGAGGCUGUUCUCGGAGUUAGCAGCUGAUCUGGGAGCAGAUUUGAUUGACGGUCAUCAGCUGUUGUAUUCCCGCGUUAUCGGGAUUAAGGCCGACCUCAGAUCAGCUGUCAGUCAAAUACAGGAUCUCAGAGGAGCACGAGCACCGGAGACGAACCGCGGGACAAACCAUCAUGUCUGAACCAGAACCAGCAGCAGACCAGCUGAGUCUGGACCCGGUCUCCACCUCAGACCGUCAGACAGGACGCGUUGAUAAAGUCUCUGAGAUCCAGCUGGACUCUGAGCCACAGAAGAUCCACGUGGUCCCGAUCCACCGGCGUCCGGACCUGCUGGUCCCCUGUGCGGACCUGGUCAACUCUGAGUGGCAGAGGAGUCAGGCGGCCCGGGUCCACUCCCUCCAGAAGUCCGGUCCGGAGUUUCCCGUCUGCCUGGUUCUCCUGCAGGGCCACAGAGAGACAGAGAGGCUGCUGGGACACGUCCGUCUGUCCCGGGUCGUGGGUCACGGCGCCAGUCUGUUCGUGGAGUCGGUGGUCGUGUCCAGGGCAGAGCGGGGGCGGGGCUACGGCCGGACUGUGAUGGAGGGGGCGGAGCGUUACGCCAGAAAACGUGGAUUCAGGCGUCUGUGUCUGACCACACACGAUAAGCAGCACUUCUACUCACACCUGGGCUACGUGCUGUCCACGCCGGUGCAGAACGCAGGCGCCAUGACGUCAUUCGUUCCCAUGGAGACGCUGCUGAAGUUCUCCAGGAUGGACACGCAGAAACAAACUGGGACAAAGAUGGAGGCUCCAAUAAAACAAGAGAACAGGGACUCAGAGGGGUCACCUCCUCCUGCUAGUUUACCUCCCCCUCCUCCCCCUCCUCCCCCUCCCCUCUCUUCCACCCCCAAUCCUCCCCCUCCUCCCCCUCCUCCCCCUCCUCCUCCUUUCUCUUCCACCCCUAAUCCUCCCCCUCCUCCCCCUCCUCCUCCUUUCUCUUCCACCCCUAAUCCUCCCCCACCACCACCUCCUCCCCUCCUCCCUCCCCCUCAGUCUUCAGGACAGCUGACAGUCCAGACUCUGACUGAGACUCCCUACAGAGACGCUAAAGGAGUUCCCAUCUUCUGGAUGCACAAGGACAUUUGAUGAACAGUCAGAACACACAUGAACACAUGAACACAUGAACACAUGAACACAUGAACACAUGAACACACACUGUUGAUGGUCAGACCCAGAAACAAGAGGAGGAGGAGAAGCAGAGUCGAUCCUCCUCUGUUUGUUUCACUCGUUUGCAGCCGCGGCCUGAAACUCAUGACUUCAUGUUGAACUCAAACACUACGACAAACUUCAAACUAAGAUGCUGUAUUUUACAACCUGCCUUUUAUUUUGACAGGUUCGUGUUCUGGUUGUAGUUCAGGUUCUGGUUCUGGUUCUGGUUCUUAUCAGAAACUUUAAAAUAAAAACAAAGGUGAAUCUCAAAGUUGUCAGCUCAGACUCUUCACUUCACAUAAUAAAAACCCGUCCAGGUUCAGGUUCAGGUUCUUAUCAGAGACCAUCAGAAUAAAAACAGUUGAGGUUCUGGUUCUGGUUCUGGUUCUGGUUCUGGUUCCUUCAGCUCUCGUGGUUUAGAUGAGUUUGUAGUGAGGAUCCGCAGCAGAGAGUCAAACAGGAAGUUUGACGACUGUGAUAAUUAAUCUGAACUGGACCUCCACGUGUUCAGUGUGUUUCGACUGAACGAAUCCUGAAGCCUGAAUUAAGUUUAUAACAUUUAUUACAUUAAUGAAACUGAUUCAAUAACGUCUGAAAUAAAGAGAAUCUGAUGAAAAUA